AAUGCGCGCAACCGAAACCCCAUCAUGCUCAUGGCCAUAUGCAUUGUGUUGUGCGUGCCGUGGUGUUUUUAGAACGUCCAUUGCGGCAAUAGUCAUGCGGCUUUCUGGAAAUCAUGCUGAUCGCCCCCCGUCUGUGAUCUAGUGUAGAUAGGCAUUGCAGAUCGUUGAUGCAUGCGACUGCCAGCCAUUUCUCCCAUUCCUUGCGGAGAACUUGAGCAGGAGUUCAAUUCACUGCGGCGCAAGGUCACCUUCCGGCGAACAGCGAGAUUUGUGCUCGCAGCUAUUCGCUUCAGUAAGGGCUUUCGCCGACAUACUCGCCAGCAUCGAGAUUUGAUUCGAGGCAAGAACAGCAGCAGCAACAACAGUGCAAUGGGUAAUGCGUUGAGUGAGCCGAUAACGGAGAAGAUUUCAGCGUGCCAGUCCAGCAGUCAAGUGUUGGUUGGCUCGUCCUGUAUGCAGGGAUGGCGAAACACUAUGGAAGAUGCACACGUCCACCUUCUAGACUUCUCUGGUUCUGCCAGCGGUGAGGCACCGAGCAGCUACUAUGCAGUCUUCGACGGCCACUUCAACGGGGCAGUUGCGGAGUUUUGCGGGGCGAACGUUCACUUGCGAAUCAAGGAGAAUCCACAAUUCCGCGGUGGAAAUGUGGAGGAAGCAUUUCGCACAAGCUGCCUGGCAAUCGACAAGGAAAUCCUAGACAAUCCACGGCACUUCCGACGGUCUGGCAGCACAGGUGUCAUGGUGAUCUACCGCGAGAACAAGCUGCACUGCGCCAAUGUCGGUGAUUCUCGUGCCGUGGCGUCCGUCACUGGCCGCGCACAACCGCUCUCGUUUGAUCACAAGCCGUUCAAGCCCGAGGAAGAGAAAAGAAUUCAGGCAGCCGGUGGGUUUGUUCACAUGAACCGAGUGAAUGGUACGCUAGCUGUGUCCCGAGGCUUCGGCGACUCUGACAUGAAGGAGAACUCCAGCCUGCCUGCCGAGGAGCAGAUGGUGACGGCGUCUCCGGAGAUCAUAACCGAGGAUGUGACUGACGAUCACGAGUUCUUCAUCUUGGCUUGUGACGGUAUCUGGGACUGCAAGAGCAGCCAAGAAGUCGUUGACUUUGUCCGUGAGCGCGUCGCAGCAAAGAUUCUGCCUGACAAGAUCUGCGAGGAGCUCAUGAUGUCAUGUCUGGCACCUGAAUCAAGGCGUGAUGGUCUUGGUUGUGACAACAUGACGGUUGUGCUGGGCAUUCUGCUGCGAGGGAAAGAGUACGAGGACGUUGCAAAGCAGUGCCAGAGACCAUGCAGCCCAUCUGUUCAUGCUCAAGCAGCGACUGGGGAACCCAUGGACAGUAGCAGCAAUGGAGCAGAAGGUGAUGAUGCAACAGAAAGCAACCCAAGCGAAGAGAACAGUGCUAGCGGAAGCACACCUGCCGACGCAGCUGCAAGUGAAGCUGACUCAGAAGCACCUGCUGAAGAAAGCGUUGCCGCCGACUCGCCCGAGCAAUCUGAUCCCGCUCCAGGAGCUAGCUCUGAGGAGGCAGCGGAGCCGAAAGUCACUCCCGAGAGUGAUGUCUAAAGGCAUGUGCCGGCUUGGAUUCAAGUGGGCUUAGGCGCUGUGACAAUUGGCAUAGUCGGAGCUGGAAACAAGGAGCUCUGACUGCACACGCACACCAUCACCACCAUGUACAGUAGUAGUAGUAGUAGUGGUGGUGGUGCUAGUACUUCUUCCGGUCCCUCUAAGCACCGAGCUGUCUCUCUUCUGUCCGUGCCCGUAACAUACUUGUGUGUUCCCCAGUGGUGGCGGUGGCGGUGAUUUACGCACCAUGCUUGCUGCCAGUCAUCCAUCGCCUUGCUGUAUACAUUACCCUUGAGCAAAUGAUGUACAAGACCUUAACGUGUUAGUCGAACUAGUCCAUGCCUGUUUGUACAAGACCUUAGUCGAACUAGUCCAUGCCUCCUGUUGUUGUUCAAUUCUCCUUUUGCCAUGCACGUACAUAUGUAUAGUACAUCUAUGGAUUAUUGCGUGCUUUAUUUGACUCUCCUUUCCUUGUCCCUAUACCUAGUAGGCACUAACAUGUUUGUGUUGCAUUUUCCUUUCUGUGUAGUAUGUGUAUUGGUGUGGUAUCCUCCUUGAUGCUUCUUCGUGUACGCUGUUUGUGCUGGGUAACCGCCAGUCUGUGCAUUUCAUGAUAUUGCUUACUCUCAAUGGUGGAAAAAUGGUGCUUGCUUUUAUUUUGUCUAUUUGAUCAAGAUCUCGUCAUGGUGCCGAACGAAACGUAACAUGCAUAUAUUUUGUUCGAUUUCUGCUCUCUUUCUUUUUUUAAAUACAAAUAUUCUGCCAAUAUA